UUUAUUAAUUAGGAAUUCACACGAACUGGGUGGCUAUUCAAUACGGAGAAAGUUUCGAAAUUCCUCCUUUUCUCCUUUUGACCAAGUAAAGAUUUCGUGAUUGUGAUGACGACGCGGCCCAAUAGACGGUUCCGGUCGACUGAGCACGUUUGUAAAUCGUAGCCGUGAAGUGACACCUCAGAAUUCAGUUUUCGAAUUCGUUCAUGAUUUUAAUAUUUCCUACAUCAGAAUAAGAUCAAGGAAUGGCGCAUAUGGCGACUUCAGUUCUUUAAGGGCGAGUAACGAUAAGACACAGAUGACUUAUGGGAGGACAGUGAUGUUUAUCUAAGGAUUAUUUUAGCGGUCCCUCCUAUUCCAACACAUCAACGAACAGCGAGGAUUGAACCACAGCAUAAACACAAAUAAAACCACGAAAUACCAAAAAUAAUCACCAUUGGAUGGAAAUCAAUGUUAACAAGUGAUUUAUAUGAGAUAAUGAUUUUGAAAUGAAAAAAAAAUAUUCGAAGAAAAAGUAGUAUAUUGAUGUAGUACAACUGGAUUAAUAACUACUGUUUGUCGUAAAGUAUUAUAAGUGAUACUCCAAAAACAAAAUACUCACAUUCUCCAGCGAUGAACCACCUGGUGACCCUUUGUGUUCUUUGGAUGACGAUGUUGUGGAAUCCUCCCGUUCAGGGAGGAAUCUCGAGCUCCCUGACAAAUACAGUGUGCCAGAGAAGGGACAGUGGGUGCACGUGUACAACAGACAUCUCGGGGGGCUUGUCUGUAACAUGUACAUCGCGGGGAUAUUUAGAAUUUCCUCUAGAUUUACCCUCACAAGCUUCGACAAUCACUUUAUCGGACUAUCACAUCUAUAACAUUACCAGAUCGGAUUUCUUAGGUGCUACAAACCUCAAAGAACUACACAUAAUGAACUGUAAAAUCCAAAUGAUAAGCACCUUUGCCUUGGAUCAUCUUCGACAGUUACAGACAAUUAAUUUACAAAGGAAUAAGUUAUCCUUUGUUGGAAAGAAUACUUUUUAUCACAUGGUUCAAUUAAAGAAAAUUGACCUUAGCAUGAAUAACAUUAGUUACAUCGAAGGAGAUGCAUUUUAUUCUCUUCACAAUUUGUUAGAAUUGAAUUUGAGUGGUAACCCAUUACAGUGUAAUUGCGAGAUGCAAAGGUUUAAGGAUUGGAGUUAUAUUAGAAGACAACAGGUGGCGCUGCUAGACGCUAGAUGUGCCAAUAAAAACAAUUUGUCCCUCUUUGAUGUCAAAGAUUUUGGUUCAUGCAAAUACCCCAGUCUGUUUCGCAAUCACACUUGCUAUCAGUGUAGUGGAACAUUAUCUCACAACGACUGUGAAGAACAAUUUUGUUCUGCAAAUGAGGCUUGUUUUUCCCAGAUUGAUUUUGUAAAUAAUAAAGUAUUCAUCAACAAAGGAUGUACUGUAGACAGAGAUUGUGCUCACAGAGAGAAACAAAAUGUAAACACUUGCUACAACUCAGCCGGCUCUCGAAAUUGUUAUUUCUGUUGUCUUGAUAACAAGUGUAAUGGAAAAUCUCUGGGACGAAGGACAAAAGAAGUUCACUUUUACAUACCAAUUACGAUGUCUGAGCUUAGCUAUCCCUAUCAAUCCCAGUUUUAUAAUGAUUCUGUCCUAGGUUCACUAGCUAAUAUGCAACACCAUGUUCUCGCAAAUUUUUAUGAGGGUAAUUGCUCCUUCUCUGCUAAUGAUGUAACAGUUCAACAUGCAGGUCCACCCGAAUUUACAAUAUAUUUCAAGGCCAUUUGUACGACGUUCAAAGAGUACAAACGUACAGACAUAAAAUAUGCACUAGAAAAGUAUCUGAAGAAUCUUUCUACAAAUGCCGGAUUUCGAUCGCCCAUCCUUAAAGUCGAUAUCUAUUACAGAGAUUUCUGUGAGGCCGAGGACACGACUAAUUACCCUAGACAAGGAGUUUGGCCAGCUACUAAGUAUGGAGAGGUAGCCCAGGUUUAUUGUACAGACAACAUACUUGUCAGAAGGAUGUGCUCAGAGAGUGAGGGCUGGGCUCCCCCGCCGUUAUGUACCGUAACACAACCACAGACAACAACAACCCUCGCCCCCACUACAACUACCGCCUCUUUAGAAGAGCUCUCCACCCGUACUGUGGAUGAUAAUUCGGCCGAUGAAAUCGCCGAGCAGCUGUAUAUUCAAACAGAGAAGGCCCCUGAGUUUACGGAUAUAGACAUAAAUAUGACGGUUUCUCUCUUAGAAAAACUAGAGAAUCUACAAAGCACGUUUUCAGCCGACAACAGGGAGAAAAAUAUUGUGGGCGUCAUGAGUCACAUCAUGAAUGUACAGGAGACAGAAUUCAGUCAGGCGGAAAAGAAAUUUCAAUCUGCUAGCAGAUUACUAGGAUCCAUUCAGAAACUCUCUACCUCCACAAGCUUAACGAACGGAGAUUUCAAACAGGUUGAACCGAACAUAGGGAUAAUGGCAGCGUCUACCAGUAAAACAAACUACAAUGGAAUAGUGCUGGCAUCACUGGCUCAUCCCAGUAGUGAACUAGACGAGACAAAUCUGGUUCUAACAAAAGAUGGGACCAUUCCAGCUCGGUCUGCUUCCUGGAUACACCUUCCCAGACAACUGAUGUCCGAACUUCCGUCUUCUUCUUCUCCAUCAAGAGUAACUCUGGCAGCUUUCAAAAACGACAAAAUGUUUAGAGCCAUUCGUUCGACCUCUAAACCAGACCCCGAUGACGAUGACGAUGAUGAAAUUAUACUAAGAAGUGAGUCUAACAGUGUUAUUCUCUCAGCACAAAUACCCAACGUCAAAGUGGACAACCUUGACACCCCAAUAGAAAUGCGAUUUCAACAAAAUAUCAAGGUCAAAAACGAAAUAACGGAUUCCUCGACAGCAGAGAAUGCAACAUGUGGAUAUUUUAUUGAGGUGGGACCCAACAAAGGUCACUGGUCAAGUGAAGGGUGUAAGGUCAAAGUUCACAAACCCGGGGAAUAUACUGAAUGUCACUGUGAUCAUCUCACUAACUUUGCCUUGUUGAUGGACGUAUAUAGUGUUGGAGGCGAUAUCAGUGAGGCUAAUAAGAUGGCCUUGACCUAUUUGUCUUAUCUGGGCUGUGGCAUCUCCCUUAUAGGCCUCGUUCUGACCCUCAUUACGUACUUCAUGUUCAGAAAAUUACGCAGUCAUAAUCCAGCAAAGAUAUUGAUUAACCUCUGUAUUGCCAUUGCUGCCACGGACCUGAUAUUUCUGGCUGGUCAACAAGAAUAUACCCUAAAGAACGAAAUAGGAUGCAAGAUUGUUGCAGCCUCUCUUCAUUUUUUCCUCCUAUCUGCCAUGUGUUGGAUGCUGGUAGAGGCAUAUUACAUGUACAUUGCUCUCAUCAGAGUUUUUAAUUCACAUAUAUCAUUAUUCAUUCUGAAAAGUGUUGCGGUUGGAUGGGGUAUACCUCUGAUUAUUGUUGCCAUAACACUUGGAGUGAAUACAACUAAUAACUACGGCAAUCAAAAAGGAGGAAUAUGUUGGUUGAAUCCUAUUCCAUUUUACGCAGCUUUUCUCGCACCUGUCGCUAUAAUAAUGAUUAUUAAUUUUAUUGUGUUCGCCAUGGUUCUUCGCCAGCUUUUAGGAGCGGCAACAAAGAAUCUUAACAAGACUGAUUCCACCAAAACCUCAUCGCGCUUGCGCGGAGCUGUUACUUUAGUGAUUAUGUUGGGACUCACGUGGGUGUUUGCAAUUCUAGCCAUCGAUGGAGGGGCACCAGUUUUUCAAUAUUUAUUUACAAUAUUUAACUCUCUACAAGGAUUGUUUAUCUUUGUAUUUCAUUGUUUGCUGAAAACUGAUGCCCAGAAGGCGUGGAAGAGGGCAUGUUGUGCUGGAGAUAAAGACAAGGAUACAAAAACAUCCAAAGGUUACUCCAGUAAUGAGCAGGAAAACAUGUCUAAAUCCACUGCCUCCUUCUCAGAUAUUAAUACAGAUAUCAAACACAGAGAGAAGUCGGCUAAUGGUGUAUCCAGCAAAAGUCGUGCCAAAGAUUUCCCUUCAUAUUCUGGAUCAUCUAUUUGACAAAAUGUAACAAUCACCAAAUUAGCUGCUUUAAUCAGAUCUCCGUUAAUUGUUGUGUUAUAAAUAAACUAAUGAGCUCGUCAAAAUGCCUAUGUUAUUGUAUCUUUUUUUAUAAUAAUCACGUUUAUUUCUAACAAUACAUUGUAUACUUCAAUAUUUAUUUUGUCCUGUAUACAGAAAGAUGCCUAUAUGUUUACGCUGUUAACUGCUACACUUUUAAUAUGUAGAUAAUAUUUUUAGCUAAGCUGGGCAGAAACAAGUUGUUUUGAUUUUUAAUAAAAAUAUGCGAAAUCAUAAAGAGGUUGAA